ACACAGAUCAGUUCAUUCCUUGUCAAUUGAUUCACGACCAGUUCGUGAUAAUAAACGUCUCUAGUGUCGUUAGUGUUGUUAGUGUUGUUCUGUAUUCUUUGAACCUGCUGGAGACGCCGGGAAGGGGACUGGGCUGGUAAACAUGGGACGGGUAACAUUCGUCAGCCUCUCGAUGUGUCUUGACAGUCUCGUUGAGGUCUCACGCUUCCUGUAGCGAAUGGGUUAUCGUCUGUUAGCAAUUGCUUUGGCAAGCAUCAUUGCUUUCUCCGCAUCAGCGCUGGCAUCCUGCAGCGCGUGUUAUUGCAAUGGCACCAUAGUGUCCUGCACAGCGACCCCUGUGUCAAGUGUGACGGUAUUUCCAACCUCCACCACCAACUUAACCCUUUAUGGAACCUCCACACCAAUAGUCCAAGAUUACGGACGGUUUCCCAACCUUCAAUACCUCGAUUUACGAAGCAACCGGCUCACCUCAGUGGAUGAGGACCAAUUUCAAAACGUCCCGAAACUCAAGGUUCUCGCCCUAGACGACAACAGUUUCAAGUCGUUUCCACCCAAGCUUCUAUACCACCUUGUCGACCUUCGCCUUUUUGGAUGUAUGUCGAACCAGUUGACCUACUUGCCUAACAACUUCUUCCUUAAAAAUCGCAAACUGAACGAAGUAUGGAUGGGAAACAAUAACAUUCGUACUUUGCCUUAUAAUCUCUUCACGGGCUUGGUCCUCCACUCAUUCCAUAUAAGGGAUGGUUAUCAAGCCUACAUUGACAAUUUAUCACUCUGCCCAAUCUCUCAAGUAUUAUCAAGAGGUCUCUCAUUUUCCAACCUACGUGGUUUGAAGAAUGCAUCAGUGGAUUUCAUGAUAGACACAUGCAAAGGAGCAUAUGUGGGAUGCUAUCAUGAUGAUAACAGAACCAAGUUCUUCUGUGAGUGCCCGAGCGGGAAACUCUACGGCGGUCGUGAUCUUGGCUGCCAGGACGCGAGCGUUUGCCGCCAGCAGUUUAGCACCAAGUGUACCCUCUUUCCAACCUGCACGCUACUGCCAUGCACCUUGAACUACAACUGCGUAUGUCUGCCCAUGCUGACGUUGUCGAAUAACGGAUCCAACUGCCAGCAGAUAAAUGAAUGUGCGGUGAAUACCUCGCUGUGUGCAAUGAACGAAAUCUGUGUUGAUACGUUGGCAAGUUAUUACUGUACAUGCAAAUCAGGAUACUACAGAGGUGGUGGGAUUUGCACCAACGCCAAUGAAUGUGAGGUUGGUGGAUUCACACCCUGUGCAACAAAUGAGGUGUGCAUUGACUCACCAGGGUCAUACACAUGCCAAUGUUCAAACGGAUUUUCGGGAUCUGGGAGAACAUGUUCGGAUGUCAAUGAAUGUUCUACAACCAGUAGCAGUGCUGUCACAUGUCCACAGAACUCAACUUGCUUAAAUACAAUCGGGUCGUAUGAGUGUAGGUGUGAUGCUGGCUUCCAGGAUAUUCUACAACCCACAUCGCUGACAUCUCCUCGUUGUGAAAACAUUGAUGAAUGCUGUAAUGGCCAGGCGGACUGCUCUGCUGAUAUGCUAUGCAAAGAUACCGUGGGAUCAUAUCAAUGUUUGUGCAAAACGGGAUUUGUCUGGCAAGGAAAAGAUGACGUAUGUGAAAAUAUCAACGAGUGUCAAACCUCUGCUGAGAAUCCCUGUACGACCACAUCACAGUGCAUUGAUACCGAUGGAUCAUUUGUGUGUCUGCCAACUUGGCGUGGAGAAGCUCUUUUCCCAUCGUCGACUUCCAGCAAAGCAAGUGAUAGCACUACAAGCACAACAGCAGCUGUUCAAAUCGCCACGCUAGCCGUGGGAACCAUACUGCUCGCUUGUGCCAUCGCGAACCUUCUCGUGGUCAGCAAGGUGAGAAAACAACAGCAGUGUGACAAGAUAAUGCACUUAGAAAAUGCCGGGCGCGAUCAAGAGAUGCAGGAGGUUAUCCUUCACCCCAGGCCUGGGUUUCCAAGCCAUGCACGGCUGGGCAAUUCUCAAGCUGAACCUUCGACAGUGACCGCCAACAUCGGAUCCACCUCUGCUCCUCGUGCAAAGAGUCCGCGGCAUGGGCGCACCAACAUCAAUUCUCAGCAGGCGGUAAACCGUGACACUUCCCAGCAAUGUGGCUUGGUGCGGAACGAGGCAUAUGGCAUUCAUGUGAACACAGGCAUACCACAAGGCGAUGAACAUAACCCACAUCUGGAGACCAUCAUGAGUUCUCCUAGCUUUGAGGAACCAGGGUACGAAAUGACCACCUAGACGUUGAGCACACAAAGCCCUCACAUUGCCCUCACAUUGCCCUCACAUUGCCCUCACAUUGCCCUCACAUUGCCCUCACAUUGCCCUCACAUUGCCCUCACAUUGCCCUCACAUUGCCCUCACAUUGCCCUCACAUUGCCCUCACAUUGCCCUCACAUUGCACCCCCUCGGAUAAAGUGUAUAACAACUCUCCCUCUCUCUUUCUCUAUCUCUAUUUCUGUCCCUAUGUCUCUGUCCCGCUCUUUCUGUCAGUCUGUCUGUCCGUCUUCUGUCUGUCUGUCUGUCUGCCUGUCUGCCUGUCUGCCUGUCUGCCUACCUGCCCGCCUGCCUGCCUGCCUGCCUGCCUGCCUGCCUGCCUGCCUGCCUGCCUGCCUGCCUGCCUGCCUGCCUGCCUGCCUGCCUGCCUGCCUGCCUGCCUGCCUGCCUGCCUGCCUGCCUGCCUGUCUGUUUGUUUGUCUCUCUGUCUGUAUGUGUCUCUGUCUCUCCGUCUAUCUGUAUCUCUGUCUGUCUGUAUAUCUGUCUGCCUGUCUGUCUGUCUGUUUGUCUGUCUGUAUUUCUCUCUCCUUGUUCCUUUACCUCUUAUCGAAUACUAGCCAAUUUGCCCUCUCAAUUUUCUUCCUCUACUGCGCAUAUAGUUACUUGUUUCCGUUAUCUUAUAAUAAUAAUAAUAAUAAUAAUAAUAAUUUAAAUAACCGACGAGGAGACAACAGUCGUAAAAUAGCAAUGAAAAAUAUCAAUUGUGCACUCAUAAUCAUGUAUAAACAAUUAAAAUGAAACAAUUCCAGAACGUUUUCGUGUGACCAUCAUCAGUGGA